AAAUCUUCUCCAACCAGCAACGAACGCCCAUCAAACUUACCUCCCUCUCUCUCUUCACUAUUAUCCUUCUCUUUUGGGUCUAUUUGCCUCUCUUUUGGGUUGUUUCGCUGCUAUGGCUGCUCACACUCACGCCAACGGAGAGUUUUGGCUUCCCUCGGAGUUCCUCACCGACGACGACAUACUCAUGGGCAAAGAAAACUUCAACAAAAAUGCCCUCAACUCUGCUUUUGGCCCUACCUUUGCCUUCCCCACUGACUUUCCCUACGAUUUUGGCUCCUACUCGCCUGUUGAGUCUGUCGUGGGUUCAACCGAGACCGAGAGCGACGAGGAGGACUUACUCGCCGGGUUGACUCGCCGCUUGGCUCGUUUCACUCUGCAAGAAAGAGCACAGAAAAUGGCCUCUGCUCCUCAAAAUCUCGAGAAGUCCUGGGUUUUGUCCGGUUCGCCUCAAUCGACGCUGAGCGCAUUCGAAAGCCCCAACGGCCCUUCACCGCCGACUACGCCGCCGGGUGGAAACAACGACUCUUGGGAUCUGAUUUACGAGGCCGCGGGACAAGUGGCGAGGUUGAAGAUGAACGAUGAAGGACCUCCCAAACCCAGAGGCCUUCUCGGCCCUCCUUGGUCUCUCGCUCCACCGCCUCUGAAAAACAUCAACACCUCUUUCUAUGCCAAUCAGUGCCUCUCUCACAACCUCUCACAGUCCAAUCAUUUUGAGCAAGCGAGGCAUGACCAAAUGAUGAAACACCAGUGCUCUUCUUUGAUUUGGGGAAGACAAACCAGAGAGGGUUUGUUUUCACAGCAAAACCAGCUUCAGCAACAGAUGAUGGGUCAAAACAGAGGAGGGAGAGUUGUUAAUGGAGGUGGGUUCGAGAAUAAUAAUGGAAGAUAUGCGAGGCCACUGGGUUUGCCUCAGUCUGCAUGGCCUCCUUUGCAAGUUCAGCACAAAAACCACCAAGCCCAGCCCUCCCAACACGGUAGUUCCGGCAUGAGAGCUGUGUUUCUCGGCGGAUCUGGUGUGAAGAGGGAGUGCGCUGGCACCGGUGUGUUUUUACCUCGCAGAUAUGGAAACAACACUACAGAGCCCCGCAAGAAGACAGGCUGUUCAACUGCUCUUCUUCCAGCUAGGGUCGUCCAGGCUCUCAACAAGAACUUCGACCACAUGACUGUUCAGGCUCAGGUUCAGGCCCAGGCCCAGGCCCGCUCCAACGGUUCGUUCAUUCCGGACUAUGAUACUUUGAUGAUGCCUCGGGCGAAUGCGGCAUUGACCCAUCAAAAUCGGAUUUUGCGGCCGGAGGGGGGAAUGAACCAUGAAUUGAGCCUCCCUCAGGAGUGGACUUAUUGACUUGCACCAGCUUGAAAUAGUCUCAAACUUGUCUUUUGGUGUAGGUGUUGUUUUGAAGUAAAAGUAUAGAAGAAGGUAGGAGGAGGUUAUGAUACUGAAAUGUUGUUUGGUUUUUUUUAGGCAGAGUAAUUGGAAUUGAAGGGUAAUAUAAGGAGUUGUAGUUUAGGGAAGAAGAAGACGAAAGAAAAAUAAGGAGAUCCGAAGUUUUUAGUGGGAGAUUGCAAGUUUUUGUGGGCUAGAAAUGAAGAAAAAAAAGGAGGAAUGGUUAGGGGGGUAUGGUAGAGGAUGCUUUUUGGUUUGUAAUAAAGGGGGUGAAGUGUAAACCUUUUUUUUUUUUUAGAAUUGCAUAAAUUAGUAAUGGUUUGAAGGAAGGAGUAGAGGGGGGAUUUGUGUAGUUGGUUUUUGUUUUGAUGUUUUUGAUGAUAGAGUGGGUCUCUUGGCAAUAUUUGUAGAUGAAGAGAAAUCCACAACCCUCUUCAUGUAAUAUCCCAUUGCAAGUAUAAAUUUAUUAAUAAGCUGUUAAAUUGUGCUUUAUUUAUUUCA